AAUCUGACUCUUUCAUUGUCCCCCACCCCAUCACCACUCUCUCUCUCUCUCUCUAUGGAGUAGGAAAGAUGUGUUCAGAGAUGGUCCAGCAGGACCUACACAAGUUUCCCUCACCACACCCACCAUCCCGUCAACAAACCCAUUUCUCAACUCCCCCCUUCGCUCCCCCUCCGUUGGACAUUACCACUAAGUUAGUUCCUAGUCGGAAAAUCGGCGUCUCUUCUUCUUCAUCUAAAGACCGUCACACCAAGGUCAACGGCCGUGGUCGCCGAAUCCGGCUGCCGCCGCUCUGCGCCGCCCGCAUCUUCCAGCUCACCCGCGAGCUCGGCCACCGCUCCGACGGCGAGACCAUCGCCUGGCUCCUCCGCCACGCCGAACCCACAUUCCCCUCCGCUGCCGCCGUUAACAUGCCCGUUUCCACCACCGAUGGCGCCGCUGCCAUCCCGGCGGCCCGCGCGCUCUCUCUCUUCUCGGCAGCCCCGGCCUCGGCCUCGGUGGCGGCGGCGGCAGUCGUGGCGAAUACUUGUAGAGUGCAGCCGGUGCGUUUAGUUAAUAGUAAUGAUAAUAAAGGGGGACAGAUAGCGAGUGGGAUGGGGACUGUGGGGCCGCCCAGCUGGAGGCUGGACUUGUGCCAAGCGCCGCCGCACUUGGCCGGAAGUGGGUACGGACGGCACAUGCCUUUCACGGCGUUGUUGAUGCAGACGGUGGGUGAUGGGAGAUGCGAAGAAGACGUCCUCGGGAAGGAGAUGUAAUUAAUUAAUCGUACUAGUAGUACAGUAUUUUGUUUUCCAUGGAGACAUGUAAUGAUUGCACAAUCUCCUUGUGAAAUUUGAUUACAUUGCCAAUAUUAUCGCCUUUUUUU